AUGUUCAAACACGUGUUCAGCCUGGGACUUCUCCUUCCAUUGGCUUUCGCUGCUCCUCUCAGCCUGCCGGCAACAAGAUCAACAACUCCCACCCAGAAGGAUGUGAGCGAGAUCCCGUCCACAGGAUGGCCUACAUCCCAUGCAGCGGUUGAUGCCUCAUCAAGAGUGUCAAGAUCAAUCCACGACGAUGUGGCGGAUGCCCCAGCAUCGGGGUGGCCGACAGCCAGGGCAGUUGGUGAAGUAUCACCAAGAUCGACAAAAACCCUCCACGAGGAUUUGGGCGAUGAACCAACAACAGGAUGGCUUGAUCGCAGGGAUAUUCUGGAGUAG